AUGUCAGUUGUGAUCAACUCCCUCGACACGCGCUUGGAACAGUUUAAGCUCAACGAUCAAACCAGACAUGUUGAUUUGACGAACCUCCUCAAGGAGUACGGCCAGUUACUCGACGAGUACAAAACCUUGAAAAAUGCCUACGAGAAUAGUAGCAGCAGAGGUACCACUAGCCCAGGAGCUGUACCGACGUCUACGGAAUCUGCAGCUGCAGAGCCCCGAAACCCUUACGUCCUAGUGCUUGUGGACGGCAACGGUUACAUUUUCAACGAUGAGUUGAUCAGCGAUAAAGAGGAAGGUGGUAUGCGCGCUGCUCGUAUGCUCAGUGAAGCCGUAGAAAAGUAUCUAGCUCACAGCGUCCCACAUGCCCGCCAAGCACGUGUAUUUGUUCGCAUAUACGCUGACCUAACAAACUUGUCAAAACAACUUGCAAAGUCAAAAGUGGUUGGGUUGGAAAAGCGUUCAAUUUCGUCCUUUACGGCUGGGUUUACCCGCGCGAUAAGCUUAUUUGACUACGUUGAUGCUUUGGACGAGGAGGGAACGAAGUUCAAGAUUACAGAACAAUUCAAGGUUGCUUCAGAAGACGCAGCCUGCAGUCACAUAGUGUUUGCUGGCUGCCAUGACUCGGCUUACCUAUCUCAACUCAUACCCUACAGUGGAGUACGCGAUAAGAUUACACUCGUCCAGGGCGCCGGAUGGAACUCGGAAUUUCAGCAAUUCAACUUGAAUAUCACUCAGUUUCCGACACUCUUUAGAUGGUCUGGACUUCCUGCUGUCGCACCUCCCAGCAAGGCGGCUGCACCUGCGGCGUCCAAGCACAAGGCAGCAGCACCCAAGCUGGAUCGUGUCGGAUGGGAAGAGCGAUCGGCAUACACCCAAACCGCAAAAGGCGGCCAAAAGAGUGCUUCAAAGGAAAAGCAACCCUGCACCUUCUUCCAGAAAGGCGUUUGUCGCUACGGCAACAAAUGUAACUUUCAACACAUUCCCAAAGGUUUCGACAGCAGCAACGGCGUAAACGGUAACCACCCACCCAGCGGCCAAUCAUCACAGUUCUUCUCCGUACAGUCCUCGCAAGCCCCGCCAGCAUCAUCACAAGCCUUCCAAAACCCCAACAAACGCAGCAACAUCUCGUCCGUCCUACCCACCACCGUAGUCCACGGCUUCAUCCCCAUCAACCGCUCACACAAACGCCUCGACCCUUACAUCCCCACGCCCACCCAGCAAGACUGGAAGAAGUACAACACCCUGUUCCAAGAGGCCAAACCAUGCAACACAUACCACCUCCAGGGCAUUUGUACCGCGUUCCCCUGCCCCUACGACCAUAGCCCCAUCGACCCGGAUACUAAGCGCGUCUUGGAUGGGGGUGUGGGUGUUGAUGGGUUGGAUCCGCUUGGUGGUCAUCCUGCGUGGUAG